CGGGUCUGGGCAGCCGGCAGCGCCGCGCAGCGGAGAUGCGUUUUCCCGGCGCAGCUCGGAGCUCACGAGCCGAGCAGGAGGGCGGAGCCUCCGGGUCCGAGUCCGGCUCAGUCCGGGAAGAGGUCCGCUUCAGGGGGACGCGAGUCCGGGACGAGCCGCAGACCGGGACCACGACCGGGACCGGGACCAGCAGCGAGCCCCGCGCUCAGACGCAGGCCUGAUGGAGGCUGGGUGGAGUGCUGCUGGAGGUCUCCUCCACCUCUGGCUCUUCGUGGUUCUCUUCCUCAUCCUGCUCCCCGCCAUGUUCGGCGUGUCGCUGGGCGUCACCGGGGUCUACAUCCAGGUGCUGGUGCACAUCCUGGAGUGGGCCACAGUCCGGAUCCAGAGAGGCCGUAAGGAACAGUCCAGUGUGCCGGUUCCACUGCCCAACGGGAUCAUUGAGCGGGCGGGCGGCUCCAUGGCGGAGGAGCUGGAGCGGCGGCGGCGGUCCCGCCCCCUGCCCAGCGGCGAGUUCGCCCUCAGCGACGCGCUGUACUUCCUGAAGACGGGCGUGGAGAGCAUCGUGGACGACCAGGUGACCCAGCGGUUCUCCUCCGAGGAACUGGCCUCCUGGAACCUCCUGACCCGCACCAACCACAACUUCCGCUACAUCAGCCUCCGCCUCACCGUCAUCUGGGGCCUGGGCGUCCUGGUGCGAUACGGCGUCCUCUUCCCGCUCAGGAUCACUUUGGCCGUCAUCGGUCUGUCCUGGCUGGUCAUCGGCACGAGUCUGGUGGGACUCCUGCCUGAGAGCAGUGCUAAGCGGUGGCUCAGUGAACUCGUCCAUCUGACCUGCUACAGGAUUUGUGCCAGAGGACUUUCAGCCACCGUCCAGUACCACAACAAAGAGAACCGCCCUCAGAAAGGAGGAAUCUGUGUAGCCAAUCACACGACCCCGAUCGACGUGGUGAUUCUGGCGAACGACGGCUGCUACGCCAUGGUGGGGCAGAUUCACGGGGGUCUGCUGGGGGUCAUCCAGAGGUCCAUGGUGAGGUCGUGCCCCCACGUGUGGUUCGAGAGGUCCGAGAUGAGAGACCGCCACGCCGUGACCAGCAGGCUCAGAGCUCACGUUGCUGCCAGGACCAAACUGCCCAUCCUGAUAUUUCCUGAAGGAACCUGCAUCAACAACACGUCGGUCAUGAUGUUUAAGAAAGGAAGCUUUGAGAUCGGAGGGACCAUCCACCCGGUCGCCAUCAAGUACGACCCUCGGUUUGGAGACGCCUUCUGGAACAGCAGCAAGUACAACAUGGUGAGCUACCUGCUGCGCAUGAUGACCAGCUGGGCCAUCGUGGUCAACGUGUGGUACCUGCCCCCCAUGACCAUCCAGGAAGACGAAGACGCCGCUCAGUUCGCCAGCAGAGUGAAGUCUGCCAUCGCGGAUCAGGGAGGCCUGCUGGACCUGGCCUGGGACGGCGGUCUGAAGAGGGCGAAGGUGAAGGAGUCGUUCCGAGAGGAGCAGCAGAAGAUGUACAGCUGCUUCAUCGUGGGACACGGCGGCCCGGAGUCCAGCGCCUGACGGCCAUCUUCAUCUUCAUCCUCAUCUUCGUCAGCCGCUGACGGCGGAGCUCCUCUGACCUCCUGCAGGAGCACAGCGCCUCCAGCAGGGGGCAGCAGGAGACAGCUGCUGCUCUUCCUCCUGAUGUGAUCACUGUGAAGGAAACACACACACACACACACACACACACACACACGCUACAUGAGACAAGAACAAGAUUAAAUUUAUGCUUUCAAUCAUUUUGAUCAAAGUGGACAAACGUUGAACAUGAAGGAUCCUUCAGCUGCAGACUCGGAACUCGGAGUGAAAAACUGGAUUUUAAAAGAUCAAAAGUUUCAAACGGGAACAAAAUGAAAUGACGGAGGAGAAGAAAAGACUGGAUCUGAAGGAAAAGGAGGAUGAGCAGGAAGAGGAAGGAACGAGGCAGGUUUCCAGCUGUGCAGAGGUCAAAGGUCAAAGUGUGAGUGGACCCGAGUCAGACUGUUACUCUGAGAGGCCCGUCGGAACAACCCGGAACCGAGCCGCAUGAGACCCGUGACGGCGCUCAGCAGCGGCUGAAGGCGCAGGGCUAUGGCGAGCAGAACCAGAACCGCCGUCAUCAACGGCUGUACGUCCACCGGAUCCAGACCCGGGACCAGAGACCCGGGACCAGAGACCCAGGUCCAGAGACCCGAGGUCCGGUUCACCGUCUCCAGCUGAGGCCUGUGGAGAGGAGGACCAGCAGCUGGUCGCCUGUUUCAUCUGGGCGGCGGUGACGUUGGGUCCAUCGGUCGAUCGGUCAGUUGCGGCUUCGGGUCGAUCCGGACUCCCAGCGACUCGUCGCUUUGCCGUCCAAUCAGAUCACCGACUGGAAAUACAGCCGUCUAUUGCAAUGGUGCUAGAGCACGGAGCCAUGUCUGUGUCCACAUGUCUGUGUCCACAUGUCUGUGUCCACAUGUCUUUGCUCGCAGCGGCUGCUGCGUGACGGAACGUUCCGCUGAGGUUCUGUUCCGGGUGGUUCUGAGGGGUGAAACUCUUCACUCUGCUUCUGUUUGUGUCGACGAAUCGAAUCCGGAAAAUCAUCUGAAGCAGUAAAAUCAAUGAAAACUCCGUUUCGGUCCAAAGUUAUUCUUUAAAAUUCUUUUUGUGUCGUUAUUUGACUUUUGGGAAUUUUUAAUUCAAUCAGUGAUAGUUAAAAAAAAAAAAAUCAUGUGAAGUUAAUUAUUCACAGAAGUAGAACCCGGUAAAACAGACAACUAAGACCACCUGCAGAACCAGGUUCAGAGGAGGACCCUGCAGAGCCAGGUUCAGAGGAGGACCCUGCAGAACCAGGUUCAGAGGAGGACCCUGCAGAACCAGGUU